AUGAGUUCAAAAAUUAAAAAUUGUAAAGCUCACAGUCAAGCUAAGGAAAUAAUUUGGAAUGUUUUCAAAUAUUUUAAAGAUAAAAAUGAAGACAUGGCUAACUGUAGGUUGUAUACGAUGACUGCAGAAGCUACUGGUUAUUCUACAAUGUCGGUUAGACGUAUUGUGUAUGAAGGUAAGAAAAAUAUGUAUUUAACUGGAAAUUCUACAUUGCAGGCUACAUUUAUCACUCCUGAUAAAAAAAAGGAAUAA